CUGCCAAUGUGGCCUCCUUUGAGCUCCUUCCGAACUUCCCCCACACCUCAAACCUCCAACGUCAACAACCACCUACCUCAUUCAACCCCCUUCAACCCGUAAACAGUUCGAAUGAUUCGACAAAUUACCGACCCUCUCUAACAAACCCGCGCCACACACACAACUCUCCCAAUACCCACAAAAUGCUCACAUCGGGGCUAACCAACACCCCACUCACCAAAACCCUCCUCGUCUAUACAAUAGCCUCCUCAAUCGCCCUUUCCAUCCUCGACAUCAAAUACCUCGCCUCAAUCCAUGUCUCCCCACACUUCUGGCCAUACGCGCAAUUCUGGCGCGCCAUCGUCUGGCACGUCGCAGGGUUCACAAACUCCACGGAAGUCCUGUUCGCUGCGAUGCUAGUGUAUCAUUUACGGGUUGUUGAGCGUGCCUGGGGGAAGAGGAAAAUGGCCACAUUCCUCCUCACGACGUUACCAUACACAACGCUCCUCCCACCGCUUCUCUUAUCCCUGCUGGUCCGGCCACUCUCCCUCAACACACUGAAUUAUCUCCCCUCCGGCCCAACGGCAAUGAUCUUCGCCCUAUUGGCGCAGUACUACGCCAUGAUCCCGCAUACAUUCCGCUUUCGCAUCGGCACUACAUCCUCCUCGUCCUCGCCGUCGUCCGCCACCACUACCGCCGGCAAUGACGAAACCACCGCCACAAACAACAGCACCACGACCACGAACCCAAACUCAAACUCAAAACCAACACCUCCAAGUCUAACCCUCCUCCUCUCCGAUAAGACAACGACUUACCUUGUCGCCGCCCAACUCGCCCUCUCCCAAUUCCCCGCCAUGCUCCUCCCCUCCGCACUCGGCUGGAUAGUGGGGAUGGCCUGGCGCGCAGAGUUACUGCCGGGUUUAUCACCAUCUAGUCAUGGCUUCCGCGUUCCGGCCUGGAUAUUCGGGGAGCGGGAGCGGAGGGGUGGGGUCACCGGUGGUGCCGGUGGGAGUGGAAGUGGGAGUGCGGCGGAGAGAGAGCGGUUCGAGGAUUUGAGGAGAAGGUUGGAGGGGGAGGUUGCCGCUUCGACAUCUGUGGAGAAUGGGGGUGGGCAGAGGAGGAGGGGUGGUGGGAGUGGGAUUAUGGAGAGGUUGAGGGGAGCUUGGUGAAUUUUUGAUUAGGAUUAUUGUCUGGUUACUUUUGUGAAGCACUCGGGGUAUGGUACGGGGUCAUGAAUCUUGCUACGAUAGAAGGGCUUUUUCUGUUGAAGGUCGGCAUAGAGAUGCCAUCUUGUAGUUUUAAGUACUGUCUUGGGCCAUAAAUGGACAACAGAUGACCAUACUACCAGGUUAUUCUGCACUUUCGUUCAGAAGGGAGGGAAGAUGGGUGUUAGGGUAUCAUCUUGCAAGGGGCAUCCGGGCAUCCAUAUAUCAAUAAUCAAGAUCGAUCCAAGACGAACAAGCAGUAAAACCACAACCAAUGCCAAAAAUAUUCACAUUCAUAAGCCAUGUCUAUUCAAGUCCAAACCCGGUGACCUGACACGCCAAUUCCACAUAUCUACCGCCCAUUGCGACCACGCCGCAAAUUCUCCUUGC